UCUAAGGAGGAAGGGCAGAUAGCUAAGAAACAGUUGGGAAGGUCACAGCCCAGCGACACAGGCUUGCUAAGAGACAGAGGUGUACUAAUAAGAUUAUGGAAUGCUUCCCCUCCCCCACACUUAUUCCUGCUACUGCCACCAACCAGGGCUUCAAUAUAAAAAUACUGGCCUACCACUGAAAGAGUUGCAAGACACAGGCUUUCUCUAAGAUGAAGUACUUGGGAAAGCCCAAAGUUAACAAGGGAGAUAAAACAAGAAUGUAAGAGAAAUUUGAAGUCUUUGGAACCUACAGCUACAGCAAAUAUUACACACAGCCCAACUCCUAGCUAAAUUAGCACAAAACCUCAUACUAAAGGCCUCCUACUACCUGAUAUAUCAUGUGAGGGUUUCAACAAAAAAAAAGUUCAAAGCAAAACAACCAAACAAAAAACACAGCCUGAAGAAACAGAGCAAGCAUCAGAACCAGAUUUAGAUCUGACACAGUUGCUAGAAUUAUUAGAUAGUAGAAUCAUUAGAUUUAAAAUAAUUAUGUUUAAUAUGUUAAGGGCUCUAAUGGAAAAAAUAGUCAACAUGAAAAAUAAGUGGGUAAUGUAAGCAAAGACGUGAAAAGUAUAAGAAAGAAUUAAAAAGAAAGGUUAUAUAUAAAAAACACUGUAAUAGAUGUGAAGAAUACCUCCAAUGGAUUCAUCAGUAGACUGGACAUGAAUGAGGAAAGAGUCAGUGAGCUUUCAGAUAUGUCAAUAGAAAGAAACUUCCCAAACUGAGAUGCAUAGAGGAAAAACAAAUGGAAGUGAAAUAAAACAGAACAUCCAAGAACUGUGGGACAAUUACAAAAAAUGAAACAUAUGCAUUGUUGGAAUAUCUGAAGGAGAAGAAAGGGAGAAUGGAGUAGAGAAAAUAUUUGAAGGGAUAAUGUCCAAAAACAGACACCAAAACACAGACUCAGGAACCCCAGAGAAUACAAGUUGGAUAAAUAUCUAAAGGUACACACCUCGGCAUAUCAUAUUUAAAUUUCAGAGAAUCGGUGACCAAGAGAAAAUCCUUAGAGAAGCAGAGAAAGGGGCACCCGGGUGGCUCAGUCAGGUAAGCGUCUGACUCUUGAUUUCCACUCAGGUCAUGAUCUCAGGGUUGUGAGACUGAACCCCAUGUUGGACUCUGCACUGGGCGUGGAGCCUGCUUAAGAUUCUCUCUUUCCCUCUCCUUCUGCCCCUCCCCAGCCGUGGCUUGUGCACGCACACGCUCGCUCUCUCUCUCUCUCUCUCUCAGAAACAAAACACUUACCUUAGGGGAGCAAGGAUAUAAAUUACAUUGGGCAUCUCAUCAAAAACCAUGCAAGCAACAAGAGAGUAGAAUGAAAUAUCUAAAAUGUUCAAACAAAAAAAUCCAUCAAUCCAGGGUUCUACAUCCCUCAAAACUAUCAUUCAAAAGUGUGGGAGAUUGUAUGACUGAAAAACAAGCCACAGACUGGAAGAAAAUAUUUGUAAAACACAUAUCAGAUAAAGCACUUGUAGCCAAAAUACAUAAAGCACUCUUAAAACUCCAUGAUAAAAAAAAAUACAACCCAAUUAAAAAGUAGGCCAAAACUUCUAUUUUACCAUACCCACUAACCCGGGCUGAGUUCGCACCAAAACCGUGAAGGCAGAAGCCCAGGUCAUAACUGAAGAGUACCACAUGUGCCUGGACAACUUCCAUACCAACAAGUAUGUUUGCAAGGAGAUCAACAUUAUUCCCAGCAACAAUCUCCGUGACAAGAUAGUGGGCGAUGUCACACAUCUGAUGAAGUGGAUUAAGAGAGGCCCGGGGAGAGGGAUCUCCAUCAGGCUGCAGGAGGAAGAGAGAGGAAGGAGAAAGAAUUGUGUUCCUCAUGUCUCAGCCCCGGAUCAGGAGACCAUGGAAAUAGAUCCUGACACUAAGGACAUGUUAAAACUCUGGGACUUUGGCAGUGUGUCCAAUCUACAGGUCAGCCUACAGUUGGGAUGAAUUUCAAAACACCAUGUGGAGCUGUUUGCAUCUUUCUGCUGGACUAUAAUAUCUCCAAUAAACCUUGGACAACAGCAACAACAAAAAGUGGGCUAAAACCUGAACAGAUACCUCACCAAAGAUAAUA